CUGCUCUUGGUUGGAUACGCGGGAGCAGAGGGUUGGGACGCUGGGUCAGGCCCGAUGUGAGGGACCCGGAAAGGCGCGGGAGGAGGCCCUGUCCCUGCUGCACAGAGGCGGGUCCGAGGCUUGGCGGUGGCGGCGUCCGCGCUCUCGGUGACCCCGCCGUGGCCGGGCUGCCCGGUGAGGUCCGCAGGUUGUUGGCAUGGAGUAGAGGAUGAAGAGGCACCUUCUGAGCAGAGUACUUCUGUAGAAGGCAUAUCACAGGUUAGUACUUCCAAGGAAAGUUCGUCCGCCCAGACAGUCCAUCCUUGUGUCAUGUAGCCCCAUCUUGAAAGAUAUUUUGCACUUGACUGAACACCAGGACAUAUACCACGGACUGAAAUCUUAUAUGUGUGGGGCAUGUGGAAGAAAAUUCUAUUUUAGGGCAAACCACAACCACCAGAAGCAGUACAAUGUAGAGAAGGCAGGUCCUUGUUUGUAAAGAACUGCAGAGUUUGUGAAGAACUUCUCACAUCAGAGAAACACUUUACAUGUGAAGAGGAAUUGAACUUCCUCACUGGUUCAAGCAGUCUCCAGACAGAGGCCACCCACAGCAAGAGGAAGAUACCAAGAAGCGCUGAGAGUGGGAAGGCCUUUCACAAGGGACAAAUGCAUUACAAGUGCAGUGAAUGUGGCAAAGCUUUCAGUCGCAAAGACACACUUGUUCAGCACCAGAGAAUCCACACUGGAGAAAGGCCUUACGAGUGUGGUGAAUGUGGGAAAGCCUUCAGCCGCAAAGACAACCUUGUUCAGCACAAGAGAAUCCACACUGGAGAAAUGCCUUAUAAGUGUGGCGAAUGUGGGAAAUGUUUUAGCCAUCACUCCAACCUUAUUGUACACCAGAGAGUUCACACUGGAGCAAGGCCUUACAAAUGCAAUGAAUGCGGGAAAGUCUUCAGACACAAGUCUACACUUGCUCAGCAUGAGAGUAUCCACACUGGAGAAAGUCCUUAUAGUUGCAGUGAAUGUGGGAAAUCAUUUAGCCACAAAUAUAGCCUCAUUAAACAUCAAAGGAUCCACUCUGAGGCAAGGCAUUAUGAGUGUGUUGAAUGUGGGAAAUUCUUUAGCCAAAGCUCUGAUCUUAUGGCACACCAGAGGGUUCACACUGGUGAAAGGCCUUAUGUGUGCAGUGAAUGUGGGAAAGACUUUAUCAGAAGCUCUCACCUUGUUCGGCACAAAAAAGUACACACUGGAGAAAGGCCAUAUGAGUGCAGUGAAUGUGGGAAAGCCUUCAGCUCAAACUCUCACCUUGUUCGGCACCAGAAAAUUCACUCUGUGAGAAGGCAUUGGGAGUGCUGGGAGUGUGCUUUAUUAUCUUCUUGUUCAACACAAUAGAAGGGCACACACAGAAGCUCUGGGGUUAGCCUUUGAGAGGAAGCUGUCAGACAGAUACUGAACCUCAUGUCUCGAACAUCCACACUGGGGAGAUAUCUAACGAGUGUCAGGUAUGGUGUGCUUUCAGGAAAUAAGUUGCACUUUCUAACCUGCUCAGGUUCUUGCCAGAGUUAUGUCACUGCCAAUACCUGUGGCUAAAACCAUGUCAACUUUACCAGCUGUUGUGACAUUACUCACUCCAGCAUCCUCAGGGAAGGCAGAAUUCUGUACAUUCCCUCACCAGUUCCUGGAAGGAAUCUUGAGAAAAUUUUCAAUGGGGGAACCUCAUUUCCUCCUCUCUGGUUGCUAUAAGUGUGGACAUGACCCAUCUUUGGCCAACAGGCUCUGAACUGUGUUCUGGUGCUGGUUUGCAGAGCUUUACUUUCUUCAUGGGCAUUGUUGGUCCUAAGUGAUGCUGGUGAUGGAUAUUUCUAGCCUCCAAUCACCCUGUCUGGAAACUGCUUGCCUCAUAUUGCUCUGGUUUUUGUGCUAAUGGACUUAUUUGUUGUUCAGGUCCCUUUUAAUCUUGGGGUUCUUUGGUAUGGGAACAGAAUUAUGCUCUGCCCAACUGAAGAGGGCCUCCAGCUUUGUGUGCCUCAGAUGGGAGAGCAGGUUGGCAGAGAAGAGUUCUCAGUCCAUUUUUGGUGUUAUUUUCUGUUUCUGACAAAAGCUUUUUAGGCAAGAAUGCAGGGCUUUGUGGGCAUAAUCUGUUUUGGAUUCCAAAGUUAUUUGAAGGCCCAGAUAUCACCUUGAGGAAGAGUCAGUUGUUGUGGAUACCUCCAAUUUGUUGGAGAGCAGCAUGAUUUGGGUGUUUUGUUUUAGGAGGAUGUCCCAUUUUCACAGCACUCUUGAGGGGAAGCUGUUCCUCAGGAUCUGCCAAAGUGCCAUGUGCCCUGAUGGCCAGAAUCUGGUAUUCAGAUGGUGAUUGUCAGACUCCAAGUGUCCAGGAAGGAACCUAAAUUGGUACAGAAACAGUGGGUGUGAUGAGAGAGGAUGUGCCCAUUUUCAAAGUGUAUCUACAAGUACUCCAGUUUUGGUAGCUGUACAGGGUGAGUGUGUACAGAAAUUCUCAGGAUCUCUUUCUGGCCAAGGCCACUGGCAGAGCCAAGACUGUAAAGGUUUCCUGGAUUCCUGUCACCUUCCUGACAUUAGGUUUACCUAAUGUCUUUGCUGCACUGGCGGGAACCUUGGGACUCAGAGAAGAGAAAUCAUAUAGACCAAGAAUGCAAUUUUUAUAGCUAUCCAGAGUUCCUGGUGACUCAGGGGAAAUGGCCUUUUUUGCUUGCCAGUUUUUUCCUGUCACUGAGGAAGACAUAUGUUUCCCAAGGCACAAGGAGUGGGAUGGAGUUACUAUAUAGUUACCCGAGCUUCUGGUUUCUCAAAAGAAGUAUUUUAUGUGGAAUUGUUUUGUUAAAGCUUUAUUGAGGACAACAUGCAGUAAACCACACAUUCUUAGAGUGUACAAUUUGCUAAGUGUCGUUGAUUCAUGUGGUCACCUAUGAAACUGUCACCCUAGGCAGGGUGAUGAACAUUUCUGUGAUCUCCAAAGUCACCUCAUGCCCUCUUGUAAUGCCUCUCUCCCUGCCCUUCCUAAUCCUUCGUCCCUUGAUUUACUCCCACUAAAGAUAAAUUUAACUUUUCUAGAAUUUUAUGUAAGUGAAACCAUAAAGUGUUUAUUUUGUCAGCUGUCUUUCAUCCAGCAAGUUGUGUAUAUGAACAGUUCGUUCUCUGUAUUGCUAUUGUAGCAUUCUGUUGUACAGAUAAACCAAAAUUUAUCCAUUUGUCUGUUUUUCAAGUUUUAGUUAUUAGAAAUAAAGCUGCUACAAAUAAUUAUAUACAAAGUCUCUGUGGAUAUUUAGCUAAGGAAAUUUUCAAACUAAGUAUCAAAAGU